GGGCUCAUCAGGCUCAGCACUUACGUAUGCUGAAUUUAGGGUUUUUUUUCUUUGUUUCACCUAUAAAAAGAACAUUACGCGUCUCCUGGAUAAUUUCUAGGGUUUGUAAGAAAAUCACCGAACAGAUUCAACGAAAUGGGGCGGAGACCAGCGAGAUGUUACCGUCAGAUCAAGGGAAAGCCCUACCCGAAAUCCAGAUACUGCCGUGGUGUUCCAGAUCCAAAGAUUAGGAUCUACGAUGUUGGUAUGAAGAAGAAAGGUGUCGACGAGUUCCCUUUCUGUGUCCAUUUGGUGUCGUGGGAGAAGGAGAACGUGUCGAGCGAGGCUCUCGAGGCAGCUCGUAUCGCCUGCAACAAGUACAUGGUGAAAUCAGCUGGAAAAGAUGCUUUCCAUCUCAGGAUUAGGGUUCAUCCAUUCCAUGUCCUCCGUAUCAACAAGAUGCUUUCGUGUGCUGGAGCUGAUAGGCUUCAGACUGGUAUGAGAGGUGCUUUUGGUAAGGCUCUUGGUACUUGUGCCAGAGUCGCGAUUGGACAGGUGCUUUUGUCUGUGAGGUGCAAGGAUAACCAUGGAACUCAUGCUCAGGAAGCUCUUCGUAGAGCUAAGUUCAAGUUCCCUGGUCGUCAAAAGAUCAUUGUUAGCAGGAAAUGGGGAUUCACCAAGUUUAACCGUGCUGAUUACACUAAGCUAAGACAGUCAAAGAGGAUUGUUCCUGAUGGUGUCAAUGCUAAGUUUCUAUCGAACCAUGGCCCAUUGGCUAACCGUCAGCCUGGAAGUGCUUUCAUAUCAGCCACCAGCGAAUAAGAAAGCAGAUGAUUUGUGGUUGUAGAACCGAGAAUCUAGUCUCUGAAGUUUAUCGUUUUGUUUUUGUUGUAACAGUUGAAAACAAGGAUCCUCGUAUGAUUUCAUUUUGCUUGGACAAUUAUUUUAAUUUCAGUUUCGAUGUUUUUAUAUCUACCAUGUUUGGUUUAUCCUUUUGCUCUGCUCA